UGGACGAGGCUGGUCCAGCGUCCUGGGUUCCAGGAGUAGAUUGCAAACCCAUCAGGAAAAUGAGUGAAGAGACUGUCUCCGAGGCUACCUCCCCGCCACCCCCCCAGGCGCAGCAUUACUUUGAUCGCUUCUCAGAGGAGGACGCUGAGUAUAUGCGCCUGCGCAACCGAGCUGCAGACCUGCGGCAGGACUUCAACCUGAUGGAGCAGAAGAAGCGCGUCACCAUGAUCUUGCAGAGCCCUUCUUUUAGGGAGGAGCUGGAAGGCCUCAUCCAGGAGCAGAUGAAGAAGGGGAACAACUCCUCCAACAUCUGGGCCCUGCGGCAGAUUGCAGACUUCAUGGCCAGCACCUCCCAUGCAGUCUUCCCAACAUCUUCCAUGAACUUCUCCACGAUGACGCCCAUCAAUGACCUCCAUACAGCUGACUCCCUGAACCUGGCCAAGGGGGAGCGGCUCAUGCGAUGCAAGAUCAGCAGUGUCUACCGACUCCUGGACAUCUAUGGCUGGGCCCAGCUCAGUGACACUUACGUCACGUUGCGUGUUAGCAAGGAGCAGGACCACUUCCUGAUCAGCCCUAAAGGAGUUUCUUGUAGUGAAGUCACAGCAUCCAGCCUGAUCAAGGUGAACAUCCUGGGAGAGGUUGUGGAGAAGGGCAGCAGCUGCUUCCCAGUGGACACCACGGGUUUCUGCCUGCACUCGGCCAUCUACGCAGCCAGGCCCGACGUGCGGUGCAUCAUCCACCUGCACACCCCCGCCACGGCCGCAGUAUCAGCCAUGAAGUGUGGCCUUCUGCCUGUCUCCCAUAAUUCCCUGCUGGUGGGGGAUAUGGCCUAUUAUGACUUCAAUGGGGAAAUGGAGCAGGAAGUAGAUCGAAUCAACCUGCAGAAGUGCCUUGGCCCCACCUGCAAGAUCCUGGUGCUAAGAAACCAUGGAGUGGUUGCUCUAGGUGACACGGUAGAGGAGGCGUUUUAUAAGAUCUUCCACCUGCAGGCUGCAUGUGAGAUACAGGUGUCUGCACUGUCCAGCGCCGGGGGGGUGGAGAACCUCAUCCUCCUGGAGCAGGAGAAGCACCGGCCCCAUGAGGUGGGCUCCGUGCAGUGGGCGGGGAGCACCUUCGGGCCCAUGCAGAAGAGCCGGCUGGGGGAGCACGAGUUUGAGGCCCUCAUGAGAAUGCUGGACAACCUGGGUUACAGAACAGGCUACACAUACCGCCACCCCUUUGUUCAAGAGAAAACCAAACACAAAAGUGAGGUGGAGAUUCCAGCCACAGUCACGGCCUUUGUGUUUGAGGAGGAUGGCACCCCGGUUCCCAUGCUGCGGCAGCAUGCCCAGAAACAGCAGAAGGAGAAGACCCGCUGGCUCAACACCCCCAACACCUACCUGCGGGUCAACGUGGCUGACGAGGUCCAGAGGAGCAUGGGCAGUCCCCGGCCCAAGACCACAUGGAUGAAGGCUGAUGAAGUGGAGAAAUCCAGCAGUGGCAUGCCUAUACGGAUCGAAAAUCCAAACCAAUUUGUGCCUCUCUAUACUGACCCCCAAGAAGUGUUGGACAUGAGGAACAAAAUUCGGGAACAAAACCGGCAGGAUGUGAAGUCAGCAGGACCUCAGUCCCAACUCCUGGCAAGCGUCAUCGCCGAGAAGAGCCGGAGCCCGUCGACAGAGAGCCAGCUGAUGUCCAAGGGUGAUGUGGAUACCAAAGAUGACUCAGAGGAGACCGUGCCCAACCCCUUCAGCCAACUCACCGACCAGGAGCUGGAGGAGUACAAGAAAGAGGUGGAGAGGAAGAAACUAGAGCUUGACGGAGAGAAAGAAAUCAUCACAGAAGGGCCUGGAUCACCUACGAAGUCUGCACCUACCUCUCCAGUGCAGACUCCAGCAAAGUCAGAGAUGAAGAGCCCUGUGGUGUCUCCAUCCAAGACUUUGGAGGAGAGUACUAAGAAGACAGAAACAAGCAACUCCCCCACAGAGCCCGAAAAAACCCAGCCAGAAGAGGUGGUGGUCAACGGGAGGGAGGAGGAGCAGACUGCGGAGGAAAUCCUCAGCAAAGGCUUGAGUCAGAUGACCACCAACGCCGACACAGAUGUGGAUACCUCCAAGGACAAAACCGAGUCCAUCACCAGUGGCCCCAUGUCCCCAGAGGGCUCACCUUCCAAGUCUCCCUCAAAGAAGAAAAAGAAAUUCCGAACCCCAUCCUUCCUGAAAAAGAGCAAAAAGAAGGAGAAAGUGGAGUCCUGA